UCUGUUGUCUCUGUUUCUUUGGCUUUGGCUACUGUCCUCUCUCUCUCUCUCUCCUCUCUGCUCCACUUCUCUCUCUAAAUCUGAAAGCAGAGCAAAGAAUCGAGAGCGAGAGAGCAUGGAGCGAGCGUGAGGGUUUAUGGUCUCCGGUCAAAGAAGGAAGAAGAGAGAUAGAGAGAGCAUAAUAGGCGUAGAUAGACCGUGGAAUCUCAGAAAGAAGGAAAAAAGAAUCCCAAAAUCCAAAAAAAAAAAAAAAAAUCGAAAACGAGAACAAAAAUUGGUCAUGGUCUUAAUUAGGGUUCCUUUUAAAACAAACCCACUUCUUCAUCAUUCAUUCUGCGUCUCCGUACGGUCUAUCCACUCCUCUCUUACUCUCCCUCUCUCUCUCUAACACUUUUUAUCUUUCAAUUUCAAUUUCAAUUUAAUUGUUGUUGUUAUUGCUAAUGGGAUUGAGCUUUUCAUAGAUUUAUAUACAAUUUUACUAUAUAGAUUGCUAUACUUAUAGAUACUGAUUAUAGUCUGAUAGAUAUAGCUUUAGUAGAUAGUAGAGCUGUGAGCUUAGAAUGGAGGAGGAGGCUAGGGUUUCAGGGAACACUGGGACUGGGAAUGGCUCGGAGGCCAUUCGAGAUUCCUCCUACUGGCUCGAUGCUUGUGAGGACAUAUCAUGUGAUGUAAUUGGUGAUUUGGUUGAUUUCUGCGACGCUCCAAUUGGUGGCCCUCCAGUGUUGGCUAACGGCAAUGGCUGCAGCCAGGAGGAGGAUGGUCUGGUGAGCGAUUUUUUCGGGGGAAUUGAUCACAUUCUUGACAGUAUCAAGAGCGGAGCUGGCCUCCCCGGCGUGAUUGAUCCGAAUUCGAAUGCCAAUGCCAAUGGUGUUAUUGGCAAUGCUGCUGUGGAGGGUUGCUUUCAGAGGGAGGCAUCCGGGGUUUCAAAGACGGUGGAAGUUAAUGGCUCGGUUGGGCUCAAUGGUGAAACCGGUGGGAGGAAUUUGGAUAUUGCUAAUGGAGACACUAAGGGUGAUCGAAAUGGUUAUCAUAAGUAUGAGAAGGGUAGGGGCAAUGGGGUUGUGAGGAGGAGAGAGAUGAAUGGUGAAGAUAGAUGUCCCAAGAGGGUUGCUUUGGAUAAUGGCAGGAAUGAGAGGUAUUUUGCUUCAGGCAGAAUGCAACAUCACAUGAGGGAGAAUAGUUAUAGUAGGAAGAGGCCUCGUGAUUCAGAGGAUAUUGAUUGGAGGGAUAGAGAUAGAGAUAGGGAUAGAGAUCGGACUAGGAGAAGAGAGACUUAUGGUAGCAAUAAUAGGAGGGAAGGUGGUAGAGAUAGGGAGGCGAAGGGUUAUUGGGAGAGGGAUAAGUUGGGAACGAAUGAUAUUGUUUUUCGAAUAGGGCCUUACGAACCUGAUCAUAACAAAGAAGGGAAGAUUACUGAUGUCAAAAACCAGGAAUGCAAUGGGAAGGCUGAGAAGAAACCCGAAGAGGUUAAAGAAAAAAUUCCUGAGGAGAGAGCCAGGCAGUAUCAAUUGGAUGUUCUUGAACAGGCAAAGAAGAGAAAUACAAUAGCUUUUCUUGAAACAGGGGCGGGAAAGACACUCAUUGCCGUUCUCCUCAUCCAAAGUAUUUGCAAUGAUAUGCAAAAGCAGAACAAGAAGAUGCUCUCUGUAUUUUUAGUUCCUAAAGUUCCCCUUGUUUAUCAGCAAGCAGAAGCUAUUCGUGAGCGAACUGGUUAUGAAGUGGGCCAUUAUUGUGGUGAGAUGGGUCAAGAUUUCUGGGACACCCGAAGAUGGCAGCGUGAGUUCGACACAAAACAGGUUCUGGUGAUGACAGCCCAAAUUCUGUUGAACAUUCUGAGGCACAGCAUUAUAAAAAUGGAAUCAAUCAAUCUCUUGAUUCUGGAUGAGUGUCAUCACGCUGUGAAGAAACAUCCAUAUUCUUUAGUGAUGUCUGAGUUCUAUCACACAACCCCAAAGGAGAAGAGACCGUCUGUAUUUGGAAUGACUGCUUCUCCUGUUAACUUAAAGGGUGUUUCCAGCCAAGUAGAUUGUGCAAUAAAGAUUCGUAAUCUCGAAAGUAAACUAGAUUCCAUCGUUUGUACCAUAAAAGACCGUAAGGAGCUUGAAAAGCAUGUUCCAACGCCCUCCGAAAUUGUGGUGCAGUAUGACAAAGCAGCCAGCUUAUGGUCCCUUCAUGAGCAGCUAAAACAAAUGGAAGGGGAAGUUGAAGAAGCUGCAAAGUCUAGUUCUAGAAAAAGUAAAUGGCAGUUUAUGGGAGCUAGAGAUGCUGGGGCUAAGGAAGAGCUGCGCCAAGUUUAUGGUGUUUCCGAAAGAACAGAAAGUGAUGGGGCUGUGAACUUAAUUCAAAAGUUGAGGGCUAUCAAUUAUGCACUUGGUGAACUGGGUCAGUGGUGUGCUUACAAGGUUGCACAAUCUUUCUUGACAGCUCUGCAAAAUGAUGAGAGGGCAAACUACCAGCUUGAUGUCAAGUUUCAGGAAUCCUACCUGAGUAAAGUUGUAUCUCUCUUACAAUGUCAUCUAUCGGAGGGAGCUGUUUCUGACAAGGAAGCAAAAGUAGCAGAUUCUGGAAGUGCUGUUUCUUGCGAUGAAAAUGACCCUGAUGAAAUGGAAGAAGGAGAGCUACCUGAUAGCCAUGUUGUCUCUGGUGGGGAGCAUGUAGAUGUGGUAAUAGGUGCUGCUGUAGCUGAUGGGAAGGUGACUCCAAAAGUGCAGUCACUGAUUAAAGUACUUCUCAAGUAUCAGCAUACAGAAGAUUUUCGUGCAAUCAUCUUUGUGGAGCGAGUUGUAUCUGCUUUAGUCCUUCCUAAGGUAUUCGCAGAACUUCCUUCUUUAGGUUUUAUUGAGUGUGCAAGCUUGAUCGGGCACAACAAUAGCCAGGAAAUGCGAAGUUGCCAAAUGCAGGAUACUAUUGCCAAAUUCCGGGAUGGUCGUGUCACAUUAUUAGUUGCCACUAGUGUUGCUGAGGAAGGACUUGAUAUUCGGCAGUGCAAUGUUGUUAUUCGCUUCGACCUUGCAAAAACUGUUUUGGCUUACAUUCAGUCUAGGGGUCGUGCUAGAAAACCUGGGUCAGAUUACAUCUUGAUGGUGGAGAGGGGAAAUCUGUCGCAUGAAGCAUUCUUAAGGAAUGCCAGGAAUAGUGAGGAGACUUUACGGAAAGAAGCAAUAGAGAGAACUGACCUGAGUCAUCUGAAGGAUACUUCUAGGUUAAUUUCAGUGGACACAACACCAGGUACAGUGUACCAGGUCGAGUCAACUGGUGCUGUUGUAAGCUUAAAUUCUGCUGUUGGGCUCAUCCAUUUCUACUGCUCUCAGCUUCCCAGUGACAGGUAUUCAAUUCUUCGUCCUGAGUUUGUCAUGGUGAGGCAUGAGAAGCUAGGAGGUCCCACAGAAUAUUCAUGCAAACUUCAACUCCCUUGUAAUGCACCAUUUGAGACACUUGAGGGUCCCGUGUGUAGUUCAAUGCACCUUGCACAACAGGCUGUUUGUUUGGCUGCUUGCAAGAAACUCCAUGAAAUGGGAGCAUUUACCGACAUGCUCUUGCCAGACAAGGGAAGUGGGGAAGAAAAAGAACAGGUUGACCAGACUGAUGAAGGAGAUCCACUUCCUGGGACUGCUAGGCACAGAGAGUUCUAUCCUGAAGGCAUAGCUAAUAUUCUACAGGGAGAAUGGAUCUUAUCCAGAAGAGAUUUGGGCAGUGACUCCAAAUUGGUUCAUGUUUACAUGUAUGGUGUGAAAUGUGUAGACGUUGGCUCUUCAAAAGAUCCAUUCUUGACUCAAGUUUCGGAUUUUGCAGUUCUAGUAGGCAAAGAACUGGAUGCAGAGGUGUUAUCGAUGUAUAUGGAUCUAUUUAUCGCUCGAACCAUGACUACAAAGGUGUCCCUUGUCUUCAAGGGUUCAAUAGAUAUUACUGAAAGUCAGUUGGCAUCCCUUAAAAGUUUUCAUGUGAGAUUGAUGAGUAUUGUACUGGAUGUGGAUGUUGAACCUUCCACCACUCCUUGGGAUCCUGCAAAGGCUUAUUUGUUUGUUCCUGUGGUCGGUGAUAAAUUUGUAGAUCCUAUGAAAGAAAUUGAUUGGGAUCUGGUUGAAAAUAUAAAUGGUGCAGAUGCUUGGAACAAUCCCCUUCAAAGAGCUCGACCAGAUGUUUACCUUGGCACAAAUGAGCGUACACUAGGUGGAGACAGAAGGGAGUAUGGUUUUGGGAAAUUGCGUAAUGGCAUGGCUUUUGGGCAAAAAUCCCAUCCAACCUAUGGUAUCAGAGGUGCUGUGGCACGGUUUGAUGUUGUUAAAGCUUCUGGAUUGGUACCGGAUCGGGAUGCCCUUGAAAUGAGAAAGCAUAUGGAUUUGCCCAAAGGCAAGUUAAUUAUGGCAGAUACUUGUAGCAGUGUCAAAGACUUGGUAGGGAGGAUUGUGACAGCUGCUCACUCAGGAAAGAGGUUUUAUGUGGAUUCAAUAUGCUAUGAUAUGACUGCAUAUGCUGAUUAUUACAAGCAAAAGUAUGGAGUUGAGUUGGUUUAUAAACAACAACCUCUAAUAAGAGGACGUGGUGUCUCAUAUUGUAAGAAUCUCCUGUCUCCUCGAUUUGAACACAUGGAAGAACACGAUGGUGAAUCAGAAGAGACUCUUGACAAAACGUACUAUGUAUUCCUCCCUCCUGAGCUGUGUUUAGUACACCCACUGCCCGGAUCACUUGUCCGUGGAGCCCAGAGAUUGCCCUCGAUAAUGAGAAGGGUUGAAAGCAUGCUGCUUGCAGUUGAACUUAAAGAUAUAAUAAAUUAUCCUAUCCCUGCUUCAAAGAUCUUGGAAGCCUUGACAGCAGCUUCAUGCCAGGAGACGUUUUGCUAUGAAAGAGCAGAGCUUCUUGGUGAUGCUUACCUGAAAUGGGUUGUUAGUCGAUUUCUCUUUCUCAAAUACCCUCAGAAACAUGAGGGUCAGCUUACUAGGAUGAGGCAACAAAUGGUGAGUAACAUGGUUUUAUAUCAGUAUGCAUUGAAGAAAGGACUUCAAUCAUAUAUCCAAGCAGAUCGCUUUUCUCCAUCUCGGUGGGCUGCUCCUGGGGUCUUGCCUGUCUUUGAUGAGUAUACGAAGGAUGAAGAAUCAUCCUUGUUUGAUCACGAGGAUGGGCCUGUAGGUGAAAUCAAUCGCUCUGGUGAUGCAUAUGAGGAUGAUGAGCUAGAGGAUGGUGAGCUUGAGAGCGACUCAAGUUCUUAUAGAGUCCUCUCUAGCAAGACACUUGCAGAUGUUGUCGAAGCACUUAUUGGAGUUUAUUAUGUAGAAGGCGGGAAAAACGCUGCUAACCAUCUCAUGAAAUGGAUUGGAAUUGAGGUAGAGUUUAAUCCUGAUGGGGUAGAGAGCACACCGAAGUCAUCUACCGUUCCAGAGAAUGUACUUAGGAGUGUCAACUUUGAUGCCUUAGAGGUUGCUUUGAAUAUCAAAUUUAAAGAUAGGGGCUUUUUGGUAGAAGCCAUUAGUCAUGCGUCCCGACCAUCUGCUGGAGUGUCCUGCUAUCAGCGAUUGGAGUUUGUUGGCGAUGCCGUCUUAGAUCAUCUCAUUACAAGGCAUUUGUUCUUCACGUACACAAAUCUGCCUCCAGGCAGGUUGACUGACCUGCGAGCUGCUGCUGUUAACAAUGAAAAUUUUGCACGUGUUGCUGUAAAACAUAAACUCCAUCUGCACCUUCGGCAUGGGUCAAGUGCCCUUGAAAAACAGAUUCAUGACUUUGUGAAGGAAGUGCAAAAUGAAUUAUCAAAGCCAGGGUUCAACUCCUUUGGUUUGGGAGAUUGCAAAGCUCCAAAGGUUCUUGGGGACAUUUUUGAAUCUAUUGCGGGUGCCAUUUUUCUUGACAGCGGACGUGAUACUGCAGUUGUUUGGAAGGUCUUUCAACCUCUAUUGCACCCAAUGGUUACUCCAGAGACACUCCCAAUGCAUCCUGUGCGAGAGCUGCAAGAAAGAUGCCAGCAACAGGCUGAAGGCUUGGAAUACAAAGCCACUCGAAGUGGAAAUUUGGCUACUGUCGAAGUUUUCAUUGAUGGCAUCCAGAUGGGAAUUGCUCAGAAUCCGCAAAAGAAGAUGGCACAGAAACUGGCUGCUAGGAAUGCACUUGCUGCUUUGAAAGAUAAGGAAACAGCUGAAGCAAAUGAGAAGGAGGAGGAGAAUGGGAAGAAGAAGAAGAAUGGUAGCCAAACAUUUACCCGACAAACCUUAAAUGACAUCUGCUUGCGAAAAAAUUGGCCCAUGCCAUUCUACCGGUGCGUGAAUGAAGGUGGCCCUGCACAUGCAAAGAGGUUCACGUUUGCUGUACGUGUGAAUACCACCGACAGGGGACAGACAGACGAAUGCGUGGGAGAGCCUAUGCCCAGUGUUAAGAAGGCCAAGGACUCGGCAGCAGUUCUUCUCUUGGAACUUUUAAAUAAGUUAUACUCGUGAUGGCAUUGAAGGGUGGUGUUUGCAACUCUAGCAUUGCUUUUGCCAUUUUACCAGGAGCAAGCUGUAACUUCAACCUGAUAUGCCAUAUUUUCUGUAUCUCAAGUGUUUAAAAUGAACUCAACACAUUACACGUGCAAGUCCAAUCGAACAAAAGGUAGCAACUGCGAGCAGAUUUUUUGUAUCAACAACAAUGUUUCGUAUCGCUGUUAAAAUGACUUUGGUAUUUUAUGCUUGUGAUUUUGCC